AUGGAUUCCAAUAAGUACCUGGAGCAUCUGCUAACUCAACUUGAAGAGCAGCACCGGAACCUCUGGAGGGAGAAGUUGGCUGUGGCCCAACUGCAGCGAGAAGUUGCCCAAAGGAGAAGUGAGGGCGCCAUGCAUGAGAAGCUGAUACACGAAUUGGAAGAAGAGAGACACUUGCGUCUUCAAAGUGAACAGCGGUUACAGGAGGUGACGCUGGAGUCUGAACGAAACAGGAUUCAGAUGCGUGGCCUGCAGCAGCAGUUCUCCAGGAUGGAAGAAACAGUACGAAUUCUAUUGCAGAGUCAAGGACCUCCAGAGCAGAAAAAAGAAGACACUGUUAAUAUAAUGGUCUAUCAGGAGAAACUGUCGGGGGAAGAGAGAAAACACAAGGAAGCUUUGGAAGAUCUUCACAUGAUGGUAGAUGAGGAUUUCAGGAGUGGAAGCAGCAGUACAGAGGAGGGAAAAGAAAAGACCAAAUUGCUGUUAGAACGAUUGAAAGCUCUGGAGGCAGAGAAUUCAGCAUUGGCUUUGGAAAAUGAAAAUCAAAGGGAACAGUAUGAGAGAUGUCUUGAUGAGGUAGCCAGCCAGGUUGUUCAAGCUCUGCUCACUCAAAAGGAUCUGAGGGAGGAAUGCUUAAAGUUGAAAACAAGAGUGUUUGAUUUGGAACAGCAGAAUCAGACGUUGAGCAUCCUAUUCCAGCAGCAAGUCCGGCCAGCUUCUGAAGUACUCCUUCAGAAAUUUUAUUCACACAUCCUCGAGUUUUUAUCUGGACACUUGAUUUCAGAGUUGGAGAGAAGCCAGAAUGUGAUGCAGUUAUCAAGUGAUGUUGAGAUUCAAGAACACCAGCUGAAUACAAAAUCUGGAGCUCCUGUCUUGAAAUGCCCUGGUUUUGGCCUCACCAUACCUAGUCAUCUCUGCCCUCCAAACAGCUGCAGCAGCAGUGAACUGUCUCUAUCAAGCACCUGCAGUGAGUACUCCAGCGGCUCCUCCUACACCUGGCAUGAUGGGAAGACCCCAGGGAAAAGGCAAUCAUCAGAAAUCUGGGAGAAAAGGCUAAAUAUUGGUUUGUCGCUCCCAAACAGCGUUGCUGAUAGAGAUGAACUACCUCCAACUCGUAUCAAGGAAAGCCACAUUUUGGAAGGACUAAGGAAACUACAGAAGCGAAAAGCAUUACUUGAACCCCCUUCAGUGAUAACCAAGUGGGGGUAUAAAGAUUGCAUGAACUCUAAUGAAGGAAUAUAUUCUCCAGGAAUUAAGUGUAGCAGCCUUAACGAAUGCCCCGCCUCCAAGCCAACUGACUCUUGUAAGGUCCCUUUAAAGGACCCUCCCAAGACAUUAGUUUACGAUACAGAUUCCCACGAUGAUGCUGAGGAAGACUCUUCCUCCUUAGCAUUGAUCCAAGCCCUUCCAAACCAGGGCUGCCGACUACACAGGAGAAAACUGACCCAGAGAGUUUCUGACAGGCUGUUUGGCUGGGAGCUGAGUGGAAACCACUUUUUGGAAGGUGCUGCCUCGGUUUAUCCCAGGGAAAGGCCUCAGAAGCUGAGCACUUGUGUGAGCAGUUGUCCCUUGGAGGGGAACCUGUGCCCAAGAUUGACGGUGCCUCCAUUUUCAAGGGUGAGAGGUCAGCACAGCCAGGGCUACGUGGCUCUGGGCCUCCAGCUCUCAGAUACGGAUGACUGUGAAACCCUUGAUGAGCUGUAUAUUGAGAGCAGUGAUGAGAAGAGCCCUUCAGACUUGUCACUGCCUGCGGAUACUGACCAGUCCCUAGAGAACCUGGAUCUCCUCCUUGGACUUGGAAGAUCUCAGUUUAGGUCUCCUGAGAAGAGAAAGCCAGUGCCCAUCUACUUAGAGAGUAGGCCAAAGACAUGUGGUUUCAUUAAAGAACAAGUGGUUGUCAGAAGGACUUCUUCAGAAGAAUGCAUGACUGUAAUAUUUGAUGCUCAAGAUGGUGAACCCAUUGAGUUCAGCUCUCACCAGGUUGGAGUCGUCACUGUGACUGGAAAUGAAAUUUCCAUCAACCAGCACUCUUCUAAACCCACAAUGGAACACACUGACAUUUUACCUCAGGGAAUUCUUCACUUGCAGCCCGGAACUGAUGCUAGAGACUACACGUUCUUAAAUGGAUCUGAAGAGGAAACUGAGAAAACCAUUCCAAACGAUCAAGGAGAUAAUAUCCCCUUGGCACCCACAGAAUCUUUCAGCCCAAGGACAGUGACACAAAAUAAUACUCAACAACAAAAGCUGGCCAAACCAAGACACAAUAUGUCAUGCCAGAGUAAUUCUCAGUCUUCAGUGUCCUUGGGUAUCUAUCAAAAGCAAAGUCUGACAAAAAUACCUGCUAGGGGAAAGUCUUCAUCUCAGAAAUCAAAAAUAAUGGAGCCUGAAGCCUCCACAAUCAUCCCCUCAGCUGACACAGUGACUUUUGAAAAAUCGCCUGCCUUUGCUCCCGGGAAACGUUCACAGUUCAGGAGGGCUGAGAGCCCAGCACAUCUCUUUGAUUUACGGACAGAUUCACACAUUCCAAAACUCCUCCCCAAACUUCCUCACAACUCAAAAGUAUCCAGCAGAAGGGACUGGUCCCAGUGCUCCCAGAGUCCGGGGUCACAGUUGCUGUCAAGGCCCCUCAUUGAGCCCAGGGACAAUGGAGAACCUCUGACAAGGGAGGGAGACUGUGACUCAGGGCCAGACUCAGGGGAGAAGUCACCUCCACCUCCUCCGGGCAGGUCAUUAUCAUUGCUGGUCAGGCCCAGUUAUGAUUGUUCAUCUCCACUUUCAUCUGCUAAGCCUGAAACCAGGGUCCCCAAUGAAACAGCAAAGACAGUAUCCAAAUUCUCCCCUCGGAAAGGAUUGCCCACUGCUAUUAUUUCUUCUGAUCUGGCCAUGACAGAAAUUCAGGGGAAGAAACCAUCUGUGGCCUUCAAAAAUCCUGUCUUCAUGAAUCCUCCGCCUUCCACACAAACCAGAUGCCCUGGUCAUCCCAACUCCAGCUCAUUUUCUGCGGUGGCUCCAGGGCCUCUCAAAGUCUCUCCAAAGAGAGGUAUCCCCAAAACCUCUCCCCACCAAACACUUGGGACCACACAAAUGGACACAGGGUUGCGUUCUCCUAAGAAUUGUCCUUUUACCCAUGAGGCACUGGAAACGUUGUCCUCCAAAAGUGCAUCUCCAGAAAGAAAAGGACAGCUGAAUGACUGUGUACCCCCCUCACCUAAGUCUUCCUUUUUAGGGCCAAAUGAGUCACCAUCCUCUCAGGCUAACAGUCCAUCACCAUCACCAUCUUACAAAAGCAAUAAUGCCCCACAUGGUUGUACCAGUGCUCCUGAAAAAGGAUUGCAAACUCACCUCCCAGUGGGACUCAAUGUUCUCCUUAACUCUCCCCAAUUACUCAGGAAAAGUUCCACGAUGCCAGAGAAACAUGAAAAAGACAGUCUAAAUGAAGCCUCUAAAAGUUCUGUGUCUGUGAGUAAAGCUAAGCAAGAAGAGGAGAUCCCCACAAGCAUGGAGGGCAGAGAGGAGGGGAGAAAUGUGGCUGCUCUGGGUUUACAGACAAAAGACACUUUAGCCAGAGGGCUUCCUCUGGAAACUGGACUGCCAGGACCACUUGAAAACUGUGUCCCCAGGACUGAUGGAAGAAUUGGGAUGGACAAGAAAUCUGUGAAAAGAUCCCUUUCCUCCAGCAAGCCACACCUAAAACCAGCUCUCGGCAUGAACGGAGCCAAAGCCCGCAGCCAGAGUUUCAGCAUUUACUCAGGAGACAAGCCUUCUACCCCUCCCGUGGAAGGGCCCGGCAAAGUUCGAACUCAGAUCAUCACUAACACUGCUGAGAGACGCAGUUCUCUCACCCGGCAGAACUCCUUCAUGGAAGGCUUAUACAUCAAGCCCCCUUUGGCUGCAGCCCCUGACAGUCUUCCCAAUAGUGGGAGACCCAAGGGGUCUUCCUCUUCCAGGCAAGGCUCUCUGGGGAGUACAGACAGCUCUAGGGGUCAGCAUGGUAGUCCAAGCAAGUUGCCUCUGAGGAUUCUUCCAGAACCUGAAGGACUCCUCAGGCCACCGGGUAAAGCAGACCAGCACGUCAACAUCCCAGGUGGAUGCCCCAGUGUGCUUAUGCCUGAGGAACCACGCAGCAACCACUGCAGCUGCCCCUCCACCCCACUUGACAGCCCACGGGUCUUGCAGAGCCCAGGAAUGUUGCAGCGUCCAAGCAGUUUUGAAACAAGCAGGACGGCCCAGUUAGAAACUUCUGGAAAGCAUCCAGAUGCCUCUACAACCAGACCUGAUACUGUGAGCCCAGAAGCCCCCCUCUCACCCACCAUUGAAGAAAAGGUCAUGUUGUGCAUUCAGGAGAAUGUGGAAAAGGGCCAAGUACAAACAAAGUCCACCUCUGUGGAAGCCAAACAGAAGCCUGGGCCUUCUUUUGCCAGCUGGUUUGGUUUUCGGAAGAGUAGGCUCCCAGCUCUCAGUAGCAGGAAGAUAGAUGUCUCCAAAACCAAAGUGGAAAAGAAAGACAUAAAAGGUUUGGGGUUUGGAAACAAACAUUUAAGAUCAGAGAGAAAGAAAGACAAAAAGAAGCCUGAACUACAGUGUGAAAUCGAAAAUGAGCUCAACAGGGAAACCGAGUCAACAGAUAGUCCGGAUAUUAGUUUACAAAGCAAACAUAACAUGAAACCACGGCAAGACAUUUACAACCAAAUGAAGCUUGAACCAAGAAAUAGACCCAGCCCUGUUAUGUGUUCAACAAAAGAUACCUUCAUGACAGAACUUUUGAACAGAGUUGAUAAGAGAGCAGUGCAACAGACAGAAAGUGGAUCAAAUAAUGUUUCCUAUAGGAAUAUGUUCAAGGGCAGUUCCCAGGGCUCCUGUCUUCCUGGCAGUUCUAUCAGCACUCAAGGAAACCAUAAGAAAAACAUCAAAACUAAAGCUGAUGUGGAAAUAUCAAAAGGCUCCCUGAUGAAAGAAGCAAAUGGAAACCUGCAAGAGGAUGAAGAAGACCCAACUGCAGAUUCUACAUUUCAGAGCCACAUCAUAGAAUCAAGCUGCCAGAUGAGAACGCUAGACAGUGGGAUUGGAACCUUCCCACUGCCAGAUUCAGGAACUCGUUCAACAGGACGGUACAUUUGCAAAGCAGACCCCCUAGAAGACACUGAGCCAGCCCUCUCUGCAGCUUCUACCAUCAGAGCCCAAACUCUUGACCGAGAAGUGCCUUCUUCCGCAGACAGCCUGGGCCCUGCAGAUACCACCAUUGUUCACUCCAUGUCUGACCCCAUCAUGACCACUAGAGGGGUGCGACCUCCUCAGAGCCACCUCCCCAAACCGGUGUCCUCAGGUAAAAUCGCUUCCCAAAAGCAGAAUGAAGCAGAGCCGAGGCCUCAAACAUGCCCAUCGUUUGAAUAUGCUGAAAACACAGUGGCAAGUGAUCCAGACUGGGGGUGUGAAGACACAGCAGAUGAGACGCAGGACAAGGUACCCAGAAUGUGUGCAUACUCUGCCAGCCAAGGUAAUGCUGGUGACAGUGACACGGACUAUGGAGAUCCUGGUUUUGGAGCUGGAAGGGGAAAGUUAGUGAAAGCAAUGAAGAGUGCCACCAAAGCAAGUUACAUCAUCCUGUGA